AUUGAAGACAAGGAUGGAGAACAAGGAUCAUCUGCCCAACUUUGUUAUCGAAAAUGUGUUGAAAAGUUCUUCUUCUCAUCCGAUUGAAAGAGAAACUGUCAAAGGCUACGACUUCAAUCAGGGCAUACAGUAUGACCAGCUGUUUAGUUCCUUCCUACAAACUGGAUUUCAAGCCACCAACUUUGCUCUGGCGACACAGGAAAUCAAUCGCAUGUUGAGUUGUCGUCACUCAAACCAACAGACAUCUGUCGUCGAUCAGAAUACCUGUCCACCUGAAUGUACUAUUUUUCUGGGUUAUACUUCUAAUAUGGUUUCUUGUGGAGUUAGAGAAAGCAUUCGCUUUCUAGUUGAACAUAAAUAUGUGGAUGUCCUGGUUACGACUGCUGGUGGAGUCGAAGAAGAUCUUAUCAAAUGCUUUGCGCCAACGAUUUUAGGUAGUUUCAACUUGAGCGGUGCAGAGCUGCGACAAAAUGGGCUAAAUAGAAUAGGAAAUUUACUUGUACCAAAUGAAAACUACUGUCGUUUUGAAAAGUGGUUGCUUCCUAUUUUGGACGACAUGGUAGAUCAGCAAAGUGAAAUGAAAUGGACACCGUCCUCCUUUAUUCAGAGACUGGGAGAAAGGAUUGAGGAUCCUUCUUCUAUAUAUUAUUGGGCUGCAAAGAAUCAAAUACCAGUGUUCUGUCCAGCUUUGACCGAUGGUUCGAUGGGAGAUAUGCUUUUCUUUCAUACCUAUAAAAAACCUGGACUCGAAAUAGAUUUAGUUGCAGAUAUCAGAAAGUUGAAUAAAAUCGCAAUUCAUGCUAAGAAAACCGGAAUGAUAGUACUGGGUGGAGGAGUAGCCAAACAUCAUACUUUUAAUGCAAAUUUAAUGAGAAAUGGCGCUGAUUUUUCAGUGUUAGUGAAUACAGCGCAGGAAUACGACGGAAGUGACAGUGGGGCUUCACCUGAAGAAGCUAUUUCAUGGGGAAAAAUCAGAAGUGGAGGAAGCCCUGUAAAAGUAUUUGGAGACGCGUCCAUAUUGUUUCCAUUACUUGUUUCCCAAACUUUUGCGAAGGAUUGGUGGAAAAAUAGGUAACAGAUAUAAAUUCGAAAUCUAAGUCAUGUUAAUUUUUUUUAAAAACGUAAAAAUUGCUUUACUUUUUACUGUUACAUUUUAUGUAACACUCCGCAAAACUGCAAUUUUUACUUUUUGGAAAGUUUUUAAUAUUCAUUGUUAAUCAAAGAGAUAAUUUUAGAAAUAUAUUUUAAAUUUAAUUUAAUAUUACAUUUAAUCCGAUUUCAAUUUGGAGUAAAUUUUUUGUAGUUUGG